UUUAAAUAAAUUGGCUCCCAGGCUUUGGCUGCCCACCCUUCACCCCCGCCGAGGAGCCCGUGUACAGCAAGUGCCUGCGUGUGAGCUCAGAGCGCAGGCAGCCUGCGAGGAGCCGGAAAUAUGUUACAUUGAUGUUUGGCAUAGCUGCCGUCAAGUUACAGAGAGAGCUUGAUGCCACAGCAACAAUAUUGGCUAACCGACAAGAUGAAAGUGAACAGUCUAGAAAAAAGCUUAUUGAGCAAAGCCGUGAGUUCAAGAAAAACACUCCAGAGGACCUGCGCAAACAGGUAGCUCCAUUAUUGAAGAGUUUCCAGGGGGAGAUUGAUGCAUUGGGAAAAAGAAGUAAAGAAGCAGAGGCAGCCUUCUUGAAUGUCUAUAAGAGAUUAAUUGAUGUUCCAGAUCCAGUUCCAGCUCUGGAUUUAGGACAGCAGCUUCAGCUGAAAGUCCAGCGCAUGCAUGAUAUUGAAACAGAAAACCAGAAACUUAGGGAAACGCUAGAAGAAUACAACAAGGAAUUUGCUGAAGUGAAAAAUCAAGAGGUUACAAUAAAAGCACUUAAAGAGAAAAUCCGAGAAUAUGAACAGACUCUGAAGAACCAAGCAGAGAAUAUAGCUCUUGAAAAAGAACAAAAGUUACAAAAUGACUUUGCAGAGAAGGAGAGAAAGUUGCAAGAGACACAGAUGUCGACAGCCUCAAAGCUGGAGGAGGCUGAACAGAAAGUUCAAUCUUUGCAGACAGCUUUGGAAAAAUCCCAGGCAGACCUUUUUGACCUGAAAACAAAAUACGAUGAAGAAACUACUGCAAAGGCUGAUGAAAUUGAGAUGAUCAUGACAGACCUUGAAAGAGCAAAUCAGAGGGCAGAGGUGGCGCAGAGAGAGGCAGAGACCUUAAGGGAGCAGCUCUCAUCAGCUAACAAAUCUCUCCAACUUGCUACACAGAUCCAGAAGGCACCUGAUGUGGAGCAGGCCAUAGAGGUGCUGACACGAUCCAGCUUGGAGGUGGAACUGGCUGCUAAAGAACGGGAAAUUGCCCAGCUUGUAGAAGAUGUUCAACGACUCCAGGGCAGCCUCACCAAACUUCGUGAGAACUCCAGCAGUCAGAUCUCACAGCUGGAGCAGCAGCUGACUGCCAAGAACAGCACACUUAAACAACUGGAAGAAAAACUGAAAGGACAGGCUGAUUAUGAAGAAGUUAAGAAAGAAUUAAAUAUUUUGAAGUCCAUGGAGUUUGCACCAACCGAGGGCUCUGGUGCACAGGAUGCAUCAAAACCACUGGAGGUGUUGCUGCUGGAGAAGAACCGCUCAUUGCAGUCUGAGAAUGCCACGCUGCGUAUCACUAAUAGUGACCUGAGUGGGUCAGCCAGGAGAAAAGGGAAAGACCAGCCUGAGAGUCAGCGUCCUGCAACCUUGCCGGCCUCCCCUCCUUCUCAGUUGCUCCGCAACACGGGGGAGCAGGCUUCCAAUACUAAUGGUACACACCAGUUCUCACCAACGGGUUUAAGUCAAGACUUUUUCAGCUCAACCUUGGCAAGCCCCGGCUUACCCCUGGCCUCCACGGGAAAAUUUGCACUAAAUUCUCUCCUCCAACGACAGCUAAUGCAGUCCUUCUACUCCAAGGCAAUGCAGGAAGCAGGAAGCACAAGCAUGAUUUUUUCAACAGGUCCUUACAGCACAAACUCCAUAUCUUCCCAAAGUCCAUUACAACAAACUCCAGAUGUAAAUGGUAUGGCUCCAUCUCCCAGCCAGUCAGAAAGUGCUGGGAGCAUCUCUGAAGGCGAGGAGAUAGACACAGCUGAAAUUGCACGUCAGGUGAAAGAGCAAUUGAUCAAGCACAAUAUUGGACAGCGAAUAUUUGGACAUUAUGUCUUGGGACUGUCUCAAGGGUCUGUGAGCGAGAUACUAGCCAGGCCAAAGCCGUGGAAUAAACUGACUGUGAGAGGCAAGGAGCCGUUUCACAAGAUGAAGCAAUUCCUCUCCGACGAGCAGAACAUCCUGGCACUACGCAGCAUCCAGGGUAGACAGAGAGAGAAUCCAGGCCAGAACCUGAACAGACUAUUUCAGGAAGUACCGAAACGAAGAAAUGGGUCUGAAGGUAACAUCACAACAAGAAUUCGAACGACAGAGAGUGGCUCUGACGAAGCCAUCAAAUCCAUUCUAGAACAAGCCAAAAGGGAGCUGCAAGUACAGAAAACAGCUGAGCCGGCUCAGCCACCUUCUGCAACUAGCAGUGGGAAUUCUGAUGAUGCCAUUCGGUCCAUUCUGCAGCAAGCCCGACGUGAAAUGGAGGCACAGCAGGCUGCCCUCGAACCUGCCUUAAAAACGCCACCUUUGUCUCAAGCUGACAUUUCCAUUUUGUCCCCUAAACUGGUAUCUACACCUGCAAUGUCUUCAGUUUCCAGUUACCCUUCGCUGGCCAUGUCUCUGAAGAAACAUUCAUCUGUUACGGAUUCUAGUAUCUCUGCAUUGCAGAACCUCUCUGGGCUAAAAAAGGAGCCCCCAGAGACACCAGUUUUAGAGCUUCAUGGAGUAACUGAUCCUGCACAAGGUAUGCUGAGGCACGUUAAAAAUGAAUUGGGACGGGGUGGUGUUUGGAAGGACCAUUGGUGGAAUACCGUUCAGCAUGACAGAAGAAACGCAGCUCUUCCUGAAGAUACAAAAGCUGAGGAAGUCAGCAGUGGAAAAGAAAAGGUCAGCAACCAGGCUAGGCCAGACCGUAGUCAGCUCCAAGGACCAUCUUCUUCAGAAUACUGGAAAGAGUGGCCAAAUGCUGAAUCUCCAUACUCUCAGAGCUCUGAAUUGAGCAUGACUGGAGCAAGUCGCAGCGAGACACCACAAAAUAGUCCCCUCCCUUCUUCACCUAUUGUACCUUUGUCAAAGCCAUCCAAACCCUCAGUUCCUCCACUGACGCCUGAGCAGUAUGAGAUUUACAUGUACCAGGAAGUGGAUACAAUAGAGCUAACUCGUCAGGUCAAAGAAAAGCUAGCAAAGAAUGGCAUCUGCCAAAGGAUCUUUGGGGAAAAGGUAUUAGGCUUAUCUCAAGGGAGUGUCAGCGACAUGCUAUCUAGGCCAAAGCCAUGGAGUAAAUUGACGCAGAAAGGCCGAGAACCAUUUAUUCGCAUGCAGCUCUGGCUGAAUGGUGAGCUGGGACAGUGCGUCCUCCCUGCACAAGGGCAACAGCAAGGACAAGUCCUCCACUCUGUGACAUCGUUGCAGGAUUCCCUACAGCAGGGAUGUGCGAGCUCAGAAAGCACUCCAAAGACCUCUGCCAGUUGCAGUCCUGCUCCUGAAUCUCCUAUGAGUUCCAGUGAAUCAGUGAAGAGCCUGACUGAAUUGGUACAACAACCCUGUCCUGCUAUAGAGACCAGUAAGGAUAGCAAACCACAGGAAUCAAGUGAGCCACCUGCUUCUGAAUCCCAGUCUACAACACCUUUGCCUCUGUCCGGCCAUUCAGCACUCAGCAUUCAAGAAUUGGUUGCUAUGUCACCUGAAUUGGACACAUAUGGCAUUACAAAGAGGGUCAAAGAAGUGUUAACAGAUAACAACCUUGCGUGGCUGACAAGCCUAAAAAGCAGCAGAAGAGCCAGGAAAUGUGCCCCAAACUCUGCAUUAGGUCAGCGUUUGUUUGGGGAGACAAUCCUAGGGCUAACACAAGGCUCAGUCUCAGACCUUCUGGCUCGCCCUAAGCCCUGGCACAAACUGAGUUUGAAGGGACGGGAGCCCUUUGUCCGCAUGCAGCUAUGGUUAAAUGAUCCCAACAACGUGGAGAAGUUGAUGGAUAUGAAAAGAAUGGAGAAAAAAGCCUACAUGAAACGACGGCACAGCUCAGUUAGUGACAGUCAAUCGUGUGAAUCCUCGUCGGUUGGAAUAGACUACAGUCAGGGAGCCAGCCCACAGCCACAGCAUCAGCUAAAGAAACCACGAGUAGUGUUGGCACCAGAAGAGAAAGAAGCUCUAAAGCGAGCCUAUCAGCAAAAGCCAUACCCAUCACCAAAAACCAUUGAGGAACUCGCUACACAGCUCAACUUGAAAACGAGCACAGUGAUCAACUGGUUCCAUAAUUACAGGUCUCGCAUCCGUCGAGAACUGUUCAUUGAAGAAAUCCAAGCAGGUAGCCAGGGCCAGGCUGGAUCAAGUGACUCUCCUUCGGCCAGGAGCAACAGAGCAGUUCAUAGCUCUGAAGGAGACAGCUGUGAUGGUGUGGACACAGAAGGCCCACCCGAAGGAAAACAAAGUGGUCUGGAGGCUGAUGAGUACAACAAUGCAACCACAAAGUCUCAGGGAGGGCAAGCAGAGUCAACUUUUGAAGUGGGGGAAGAGGCACUGCAAGAUGUCAGAUCUUCAGAGAAAACGGAGUCGUUCCAUUUGGGAAUGGAGAGCCUGGAGGAUACUGAUGAUGAGGGCAGGCUCAAAGCACCACGUCAAAGUUCACCACCAGGAUCUCAAAGUUCAGGAGAAACUCUGGAGACAAUGCCAAACUCUGCUACAGAAGAGGAUGCCUCUACCUCAGCUGCCUCCACCUCAGUCCUUACAGGGGAGAGCUCCUACAAGUCAAAAGAAAGUUCAGAGAGAAUUUCCAGUGUGCCAAGUACAAGUUCCACAUUGGCUACAGGCUCACAGAAAACCAACUCUAUUCAGAGCUUAUUCAACUUUUCCGAGGCAGCAAGCUCCAAGAACACACGAGACAACACCUUGAGGAAAAAGAAAGCAGCAAACUUGAACAACAUAAUCCACCGUUUAGAGAAGGCCGCUAGUCGAGAAGAGCCCGUUGAAUGGGAGUUUUGAGAUUAAACUCACCCAACUCUAGAGAGCUGGGGAAGUUAAACUGGACCUCUACUGGUUUUAUUGUGUUGCGCACUUACCGCCCUGCAGGCCACAGGGCAAAAACGCCAUAGGCCAAGGUGCAUAUAGAAAACAAAAGGAGCGUUAAGCCCAAUUUAUGUUUGUGUUUUCAAGGAAGAAAACUGAAAUGUGUAGUCAAGCUUUUUUGUACCCUGAAGUGUUUUUAUUAUUGCCCUAAGUGAUUUCCACAGUUUCUGGAAUAACUCAUACAGCUUUGCCUUGUGCCCUCCUCUUUGGUGUGGGCUUUAAAAAAACAAAAAACCUUAAAAAAAAAAAAAAAUCAAACCCACAUAUUAAAAGGGGGCUUUUUAUCUGCCAUCUAAUGGCUACAGAGCGAUAAUACACUAUUAUCUUCUUAAACCAGGAAAAAAGGGGAGAUUUUUCAAAAAAAAGAAAAAAAAGAAAGUUUUUGUAGCUGUUCAGUUGCCACUAAGAGAUUGCACAGUCAACCGACUCUAAACACACUAGUUUGGAUUCCUAAAUAUUUUCAAGAAAAGAAAAGAAUCUUGUUGUUUGAAACUUUGAAUUAAAAAAAACCACAUUUACUCCACAUAUUUUUUAACAAAACAAAAAAAAAAAGUCACAUCAGGAAAAUAUCUUAAUUUGUGGUAGCUGACUUAGUGUUUUCUUGUAAGUGAAAUAGAAUAUUGACACGUAGUGCACAUUGUUUCAUAGCUUUAACUGAUUCUGGUCUUUUGCAGGCCAGAAUUUGUUUAAUACACUCCAUUUUAGGCCAAAUCAGGACAAAAAAAUCUGAAUCUAGGUAUUUUAUAAUCUGCUUUUUAACCUCUAACCACAGAGCACGCUGAUCAGACCUCAUAUCUAGGAGGCUAGGAGACAACUUAGAACAGUAUGUACUUGAUCAUUUUGUUUGAGUUGUAGUGUACAGAAUACGUUUCUGAUAUAGAGAGGGAGGGAGAGAUCACAAAAGAGAGAGAGAGAAGUUGGCCAGUAACAUUUCAGCCUGCAACUCUAGCAAUGUAUUUUACAACCUGAAGCAUUUCAACAAACCUGGAAUUAGUUAAUUUUCUUUACAUGCAUAACUGAUAUCAUGCACCACUAAGAGGGAUCUGAGGGCUACCUCAAAUGGAGAUUUCUUCCUACUAUAGGUAGCCAUUUACUGACUCUCUUCCCACCACAAGCACUGAUUUAAAUAUGUUUUAGUUGUGGGAAGCUUAUUUUUGUGUGGGAAAAGAGUAUAUGGCAGUGACCAGAUGGGCUUAUACCAAGAUGAAAUUAAUCCAAACUCCUAACCAAAAUAUUUGUGCUCUUGAGUCCCAGUCCAGAUGAUUCUGCCCUUCAGAAAUGCAGCCUUUUCACAUGAUUUUAUGCACAGUUUAGAACUGAUCAAAGUACAAAUCAAGUUCUAACUUGUCUCUAACUCCUCCUUUUGUCUAUAUGUAUAUGCGUGAGCAUAGAGGUGUGUGGAAGGAUGUGUGUGCGUGAGUGUAUGCGUGCAAUUUUAUACGUCUGUGUAUUUUCUUACGUACUUGUGCACACAUAGAGUGCAUUACUGCCACCUUUUUUCAAUAAGCUGUUUUAUCAGUUAUGGCUUCUACAAGUUUGCUAAUUUAGACUCCUUUAUUGCCAUAUCUUUAAAACUAACAAUAGAUGAUUUCGGUAUAUAUAUAUAUAUUUUUUUUUUGCUUAUUUAUAGGUGCUGUAUUUUAUUAUCUGAUUGUUAGGAAGGGAUGAAAGGGGGCAAAUAUUCUUUAGAGGGAUAGACUGCCGGCAGUAUUGGGUAUAAUUUACAAGAUGUAGUUGUCAUACUGUAUAUUAUUGAUUGAAGACUUUUUGACCGUAUUGUGUAUCAUUGAAACCUUUGUCUUAGGUCAGCAUCUUUUGAUGACACUUUAAUGGUGCAUUCAUUACUUCUUAAUUUUAAUUAAUAUUACUUUUUUUAUUUUGGGGGUGGGGGGGUGGGGCAGGGAGAGGAGUUCUGACUUUAAAGGUAAUAUGUUCCCAAUAUUACACCUCAGUGUGCUUGUAUUAAUUAACUAGUAGGAUUUUGACUGUAAGAUGUGAAACCACAUUUCUUGCAUGAUGUUUUAGAAAUUAUGUAUUUGAUUUACAGUCUCUUAACAUGCCACUGCAGCAUUAGUUCAACUUCUCACAAAUUAAGAGUCAGUACACUAAAAAGUCUUUUCAUGAAUAAGAAAAGAAGGCUCUAGGAGGCUGAAAGGCAAGGAUUAGUUACUGCUUCUACUGCUAGAAUGAUUUCAGAUUACCUCCAUGGGUAAUCAAAGACAUAUUGUGAUGCAAAACUCAAAUUUGACAAACAAAGAGAGCAACUGGCCCUUUCUUUGAUAAACGGAGGAGAAAAUUUGCAGUAGUGAAGACAAAAAGCAUGUGGUAGCCUCAUUGAGAAGCUUGCCAGCGUCUUCAUAUAGGGAAAUACAGGUAGGCUGAAAGAAUUUCUGGCAAAUAAGAUAACAUGGUGAAGCCGAUGUUACCAUUAGGUUUCUUCUGUUCACCACCAUAUCUCCUUAUGAGGAAAUGGUUUGGUUUAAAAAUUCCAGGUCCAUCUACAAAUACAAGUCCUGUUAAAAUAUGUAAACGUGAACAUGAGUAGUAACAAAGUGUAAAGAUCUUCUGUUCAGCUGAGAGAGGGAACUUCAGAUUAGAUGGUCCUAGAUAUUUUUGCAUAUUCGACCUUAAUGUUUUUGUUCUUUUUUUAAUUUCUCUAUAAUUUAGAAGAAUAUAUUUGCCAUCUGUUUCCAUCUCCCCUUUCUAUUGAGUUGAGAUCCGGGUGUUUGAUAUAGUCAUGUAGUUAAAUUUUGCUUGCUUACUGUGUAUUUAUUUUGCUGAAUUAAGAUUCCCCUCAUCUCUUAUUGUGCCUGUGUCUAGAUGAUGGCAUUUCACAUGAUGCUUACUGAGAGCUGCUGCUGUAUAAUAUGAGUAUAUAAUAAUAUUCAGUUUGGAUCCAUAUGCAGCACUUGGGGUUAAUCUCUCUUCUUGAUAAGCAAUAGCUAAGUGCCUUGAAAAAUAUCUUUGUAGGUUUUUGUUCUUUUUUUGCUCUUCAGAUUUCCACUAGUUUGUUAGAAAAGCCACAUAUUAAAAAAUUUCUAGUCAUUUUUAAUGCUGUUCCAGUUUCUAAGAAGUAUAUUUGUAGCUCCUCUGUAGAAAAAAAGUGUUUCCUUUUAUAACACUAAUGGUUAAUUGUAAGCACCAUUAUACUGUUUAGAAUCAUAUAAUUUUGUUGGAUGCAGGCAGCACUUAAAAGUCAGAAGUCACUCCAUUGUGCUAAGGGUUGUCAUCAGUAUCUAUUAUGAAGUUAAUCAGAUAAAAUGCUGUCAGUAUUCCUCUGAAUUUUUGGCACUUUAUUAAUGGUUUCGUUCCUUUUGUUAUGUCAUAUAUAAUAGUGUAGGAUGAACAUGGAUAAGACUGUUAGACUUCCACUGGAAUGGCACCAGAAUUCCAGCUAAGAAUCACCUUCCAGGUUUUCACCUUACGUGCUUGUUUGGAGACUGGUGCCCUAUGAGUUUUCCAAAUGGACAAGACCUCCCUGGUUUAAAAAGGGUUAACUAGCAUUUAUGCUGGAUGAUUUUAGCUAUACUAUUUUUUGUUAAUGAAGCAUGUUGUUUGAAGCUAAUGUCAGAAAAAAAUAUUAUUACAAGUUAUUACUUGAUGUAAAAAAAACAACUACUAGUGGACAAGUGAUGCAAAAAUAGUUGGGCUGUGACUCUAUAGAGCUUUUCAAUCACUGAUUACCUGAGAGUAAUGGAGGUGAAAGGCUGCAUUAAGUACCACGUGAUCAACAUGUGGUGCACUCCUUGUGUGCAGUCAUUUCAUAAAGAACACUGAAAAAUGAAGCACUUCCGAAAGGUAGGCUGUUCAUUUCUUCUGCUGAUAGACAGAAGAUGUGCCCCUGGCAUGGCAAACUUUUUCAGAGUUUCCAUUCUUACGUUUUUUCUUUUGUUUUAUUUUAAAGCAUUCUUUUUAAACUCUGUAUGAAGUUCAUACUUUUUGUAAAGCAUUAAAAGAAUAAGUAUAGGCUGUUUUACCAUGAGUACUUUCAUACUGCAAUUAAAAUUUUGUCACUUUUCUCUCAGGUUGAGUAGGGCAGAACAGGAGGUCAAUACUGAUACUUAGCUAAAACGGGAAUUAUCCCUUAUUAUUCUGUCAGUUGUGAGCAGAUGAAAUAUGGCUGUUGAUAAUGUUCCGGGGCUUUUUGUGUAAAUAGUUUUCUAUCAGUGAAAUCAUGUAAUUUUCUUACUGAAAAAGAAAGUAAAUGGGGUUUUAGUUAACGCAGGUACUAAAUGCUGUAGAAUGUGAUCAGUUUAGUUUUAACUUGCACUCUUGCAAAAUAUUUAUAAAUAUUUUUGGGGUAGAGCCAUUUUAUAAUGGACCCUGCAUUGGUGCACUCCAUCCAUAUUAUGUACCACUGGGUUUUUUCAGUACAAGCUCUUUUUAUUAGAAUGAGAGCAAUCUUAAAAGUCAUGUGCCUUUCUCAGUAGGAAAGAGAUUUUUGCAUCAAUUCUUCAUAUAAACUUUCUUUUCACAUGGGAACACUAGAAAAGGGGUUAAUGAACACUGCAGAAUUCUAUGCAAUAUUUUCUGGUACACUUGUAUAGAAAUUACUGUUUUGCAAUUUUUUUUAAGUGAAAUUUGGAGGCCAGGGGGGAAAUGCAUCAUCCCAGUGUUAGCUCAGAGUAAAAUUAUGAUGUUGAUUAAUUAAAUAAAUUAGAGUUGGGGAAUAUCUGACAAAACAUUGUGAUGGAAAAAUGAAAAACCUAGUACAGUCUCCACUAGCAAGGGUCUGUCAGAGUUUCCAUCUUAAAAUCCCUAAUUUCAAGGGGGUUUAGUACUUUACUGUAAAAAGGGAAAAAAUGCUCUUGGCAAAAACUUCAGCAGUUCAAAAAUGGAAAAACAUUUUGACCAUAUUUAGAUUAUGGAAAUAUCUUUUUUAAAGUAAUUGGUUUCAGACACUUUCUCUUGCACUUAAAUGCAAAACAGCUUCUUUAUUUAAACCAAAAUGUCAGUACUGUGGACUGGUGCUUUUAGUAGAGUCGCUGAGAAAUCAUCCAUUUUACUUAGCAAAGGAAUUCAUUGGGAAUAAAAAACGUGAAAUUUUUAACAUGUAUGCAGAGGGCAUAGUUACUCACUCUUCCAUCUUAGCCUUCCUUUUAAUCAAGUUCCUUAAAUUACUUCUCUUGCUAAAAUUAUCCUGCAUCUAUAUCUCUAUGCAUAGUCAGUUUGUUUUAAAAUCACUCCAGCGCUCCACAGUAUAAACAUUUCAUGGAGACUAUCAGAAAGAUAGGGAGAGAGGAAGAAAAUGUUUUACUUGGUCCAGGGCCUGAUCGAAUAUCCGGUGCAAUCAUUUGAAGUCUAAAGUCAAAUGAAAGUGACUGUUUCUACAGGCCAUUAUUAAGACACAAGCAGCUGAUAUCCUAACCUUCCUGAAUUUAAUUUCUACAGAUGUUAACAACAGGAUUUAAAUCAGUUUUCGGUUUACUCUUACAUUGGUCCUUCCAGUUUCCCUGGUACCAUCUGUUGUCUCACUAGCCCAACACUAACUUUGUCUUCCUUUGUGUGGCAUGCACAAUCAAACAGUUUUAAAUCAAAGGGCAUUUUUUAUAGUUAUGCAAAUAAGAAUUUUUAAUCCUCCCUCCCUCCAAACAAUUUAAAAUAAAACCCCAGGCUAUGUUACACAGUGAACCAGACUGUGAACCACAAUGAACCAGACUCUUAGUCAGGAGACCGGGGUUCUGUUCCUGGCUCUGUCAGUGGUCUGUUGGAUGACCUUGGACAUAAUCUUUAAAAUGCAGUGAUGACACUGGUCUCUUUUCAUAAAGUGCUUUGAGAUUUUGGGAUGCGUUAGUUGCUUCCAUCAAAAUCAUUUUACUUACCUCCCUCUCUCUUGUUCAUUUUAGUGAAACUUAAUAUAGUUGAUGUACUAUGUUCAUGUUUAACAACAGACAUAAAGCAAGGUGAACUUAUUCCCCUUAAUCUCUCUAUCCAGGUAUUUACAUGGCCUCAUUUAAUAUGUCAUAUCCUUUUAAUGUAAUAAAUUACUAAAAUAGUCACACUUUCUGAGAUGAAAUUUACCCUCGUGGCAAAGGUCAACACUAGACUUGAGCAUCAUUUAAGAACUGCCCACUUAAGUCUUCAAAAGAAAACUUAAGCAGUAGUCCUCUGAACAAGGAAGAAUUUCUCCCUAAUUUAGCUGUUUUAUGGCAUAUGUGAAAUUAGUUAUUUGGUCCUGAGUCAUUUCUCAGUAGAUGUGAGUCUACUUCACAAAAAUUACUCGUGUAACUUUUACUAACACUAUUACUCAUGAAACUUAUACUGAUGCUAGUAAUGCUAGCACCAUUACUAGCAUCAGCACAAAGACCAAGAAUUGAUAGGCCACAGAGACCAAACACCUUUUUCUUCCCAAGAGUUAAUCAACUCUGUCAGGCCUAAUGCAGAUUGACAGACUAAAGGUGGUUUGUACUGCCAUACUAAUUUUGUGAAUAAAAAUGUAUUUAAUUUCCAAGCUUGUAAAAUCCUCACCAAUCAUGAAUAUUCAAGUACAGAAGUUUUUAAAACAGAAAAUGUCCAUUUUAACAUUGCAUACUUUGGCUAUUUGUAUUUUGUUUUGGAUAGCUAUGCUCCAUCAGUUUCUGGACUCGUUCAGUCAAAAUCAUGCAUGUCCAAGAGCACAAUUUUCCCCUGCUCUCUAAGUGUAUUAUUAUUCUAGUUGUUGAUUUAGUAAUAUCACUUCUGUUCCUUUAUUAAACUGAAACAGUUAAGCUGAGGAGGAUGAUUGAAGCCCUGGCUGUAAAUAUAUUGACAUGUAAUCCCUAGAUUCAUAUUAGAAAAAGAUCUGAUUAACUCUACAUGGUUCAUGCACAACUCCCUCCCUCCCCCUGUAACUCUAUGACUGAUUUUAAUUUUGGAAAUAUUUGUUGAACUAACUAAAAUCCCCAGCCCAAAGAUCCAGGGGGAAUGGAAACUCACCCUAGGAAAUUUCUGUAAUAGUAGUGACAUGAAUUGUUUUCAUAGCUACUAUAUAAUUUUGUGGUAGGAUUCGUUACAGUCAUUCUGUAUAUUGGGAAUCAUACUGAUGGUAUGCUUGUGUUAUCAUCUUCUGUCUUUUCAGGAAAUUAAUAUGCAAUUUUAAAUUUGUUACGCAUAUAUAUUUACACAAUGCCUGUUUUGAAACAUCCCUAUAUAUAUAUAUAUAUAUAUAUAUAUAUAUAUAUAUAUAUGUAACAUAUUUAGAGGCUCAAUAAGGAAUUACAAUGGCCAGUCACAUAAAUCAUGUGGUUUUGAGGCCUGGGUGAAUGUCAAAUUCAAAAAAUGUUAUGGACUAAUAUAUAUUUUAAUGCAUAUGGUAGUAGCUUUCAACCUGUGGUCUGCAAACCUCUGGGAGUCCGCAGACCAAUUCUAAAAUGUCCGAGAAAGAUUCACUGUAAUCAAACAAAAGUAUGUGACUAGUCAUACCCCCGCUUACAGUUCAAAGGUGUCUGCACCUCCAUGCAAAAAUGUUUAGGGGCCCACAAAUGAGAAAAGGUUAAAAACUAUGUAUUCCCAUCAAGUAAGAUCUAUUUUAUAAAAAUAUAACCACAGGCAUCUGAAGGAUAAGUUCAUUUGAAAUAUUUGAGUUGAAUUGUUGGGAAGAGAAAAAAGACAGCAUUCAGAAUAUUAAAAAAACAAUACUUUCAAGGGUCUAGCUGAGAUGCACAAAAGCUAGAUGGGACCACACCCCCGUUCACCAUGUAAAACUACUUGCAUAGGUUUUCCUCUGAUAUGGCUAGCAGGAAUUUAACACUCCAGGCCAGCAGUUCUCAACCUUUUUAGACUCAAGACACUCCUCAUUUGACCCCGCCCAUUGAUAACUUUUGUGAAUGAGCAGCACUCCAUUUCAAAAACAACUUCAUUUAUUACAGAACUGGCCUCCUUACAGAGGGCUUGGGCAGCUAGGAGGAGUGCAGCAGCCAGGCAGGGAAAAACCUGCACCUGUACUUAUCUCCUCACACUUCACUUCCUUCAAAAGAUCUCAUGAUACCCCUACAUGAUACCCCUCUACGUCCUGGUUGAGAAUCAUGGCACUUGGCAUUCUUACACGUGUAUUAUAAAGCUGCUAUCCCUAGGCAGUUUGAGUUAAAGGAAGAGGCUUUCUCAUUUAUUUUUUUUCCAGUGCCAUAUACUGGUAGGCAGUACAAAUGAACAGCUUAUCAAUAAGAUAAGCCAAGUAACAAAUCAAAACCAGCAGUUCAUUUUUGUUGCCUCUGAAGCUAAAGAUUCAACUACUCUUACGUAAGAAUAGUAGCUGCUUAGGAAAGCAAGAGAAUCUCCUUCACGGGAGACUUUCAAGAAGAAGCAGGAUAGGCAUUUGCUUGUAAUGGUGUAAGAAUAGCAGGUUCUGCACUGGGGCCAGAGGUUGGACUAGAGGACCCUUGAGGUCCCUUCCAGCUGGACUUCCAUGGUACAACUGAAAUUUUAUAUUGUGAGUUCUUCUCGCUGGACUUUCUUUUUUUACUGAGACAAAAAAUAAAACUGAUGGCUCUUAACUUGCUUUGUAAAUACAAUCCUGUACCCAUGUCACUCAGAAAAGAAAGAAAUGUGUUUGGUCCUUCAGUCAGGGCUCUCUCUCAAUUUUUUGGGCUUUAGUUACUUUACAUUAGACCCCUUAAUACUAUUUUAAUGUAUUAUUUGUGUGUACAAGUUACUAUUAGCUUUAAAAAAGUGUUUCCAAAGUACCUAGUUACCUCUAAAUGCUAGAGCAGUAUGUAAAGUAAGUUCUGGGUAAAGUAGCUGGACAAGGAGGGCAUGUGGGGAAUAAGCAACUCAGUAACUAUAUUUUUUUUCCUAUAUCAGGGGAUUCCGUUAAUUAUUUUCAUCCUCCUCAGAUGGAGUUUAUGGAUUGCCUGGUGUUUGUGGAGGAUGCGGGGGGACAGAUUAUCAUGUAGUUUAAGAUUCUUUUAGCUUAGUUUGUUUAAUGUAUAUGUCGUCCAGAAUCCUGUACAUUAGAACAGCAUUUUCAGGAAGUGUUUAGCUUUUACUCCUUUCAUAAAAUGUACUAUUUAUCAAACUUUCUGUAAUCAGAAAGCUAAGGUGCCUUAUUUUCUAGUCUCUUUAUUGAGAAUAAUCUAAAGCACAGUGAUCUAGAUUUCAGCAUAUUCAAGAGCCUACUUUUUAUUUGGAGAAAAUAGACCAAUCAAGAUCCAUUUCAGUGUCCCAAGAUUGUUGGUCCCUUGGAUAAAGAGCACUUAAUAGUACUGUGCAUUAAGGCUUUGUGCAAUAGAAAUUUGAGUCUUAUGUUUGGAAACUAACAUACUACUACACCAAAUGUAGGCAAAUAUAAGCUUUAGUCUAGGAGAAUUCAGGUUACUGAAAGAGUAUAUUCACUUUGGUUCCAUUGGCAUGAUGGAUUUUUGGAAUAAACAGUCUACCGUUGCACAGUAAUCUUUUACACUCAUUAAAAAAAAAAAAGAACCUCAAAAAUUGUGUAAGCAGGUCUCUCAGUGAGCAUUUUAAUAACUUGAUUAGUCAAGCACCCAGGAGGUCUUCUACUUUUGUUGUUACAUGACUUAAUAUACAUUUCCCAUGUUCAUUUCAACUUCUUGAACCAUGCCAUCUUCAAACAGUGAUUUACUCUAUAGUCAUUCCAGUACAACUGGGACUUGAAAGAAUAGGGAUUUUCCCUCCUACCUCCUCAGUCCGUACCGGCCUUUGUAUAUUAUUUCUAACACUUGCUCUCUGCACAGAAUAUAUAGCGGUAUUUCAUCAAUAGAAAAAUCAUCAACAGAAAAAGAAAGUCUAGGCUUUCCUGUAUAUAAGGAAAUUAAUUUUAGAAUCUGUAUAUGAACACAGCAGGAGUAUGCGUAUCACUUUUUAUCAGUUAAGUGGGUAUCACUGGUCUAGUUCACCAAUGUCACUCUGUUUAUUUUCAAGAAAAAAUUGAAUUGCUCUACUAAUUGGAUGGGUUGGCAGUUGGUUGUAUUAUUCUUACCCAUAUCAACGUGCCCUUGUUUUGUUUUCUGGAGCAGUCAACUUAAAUCAGACUAUAAAUAUCUACAAAUCAUUGUAUUUAAUUUUUUUUAAUGUCUUAGAAUUGAGAUUAUAGAGAGGGAAGAGACUUGUAUAUAGAGAGAGUGCAUAUACCCAAAGCCUCCUAGAGCCUCUAUUAAGUUUUCAUGAAGAUGCAAUAUCCCUUUAUCAAAGUACAUUGCAAUCUGCUCAAGAGUAUUAAUUUGAAAUGAGAGAGACUGGUUUCCUGUGAUGUUCAUCUUUGUCAGCAUAUGUUUUAAUUUUUUAAUUCAAAGCUGUUUUUUUCUCACUAUGAAGUUGGUCAAAACAAUCUUGUGCAGCAACAACUUUUCCUGGUCUGAAAUAUGAAAAUACACCAUGUAAAUUAAUAUUUGUGAUGGAGGAGUUGUUUGGUUUUCUUGCAAUGUAAAAAGAUGUUAAGCCAAGCUUGUUGUGGGUAGGUAAUAGUUCAUAAAAGAGAGAGAGAGAGAGAGAGAGAGAGAGACAGCUGCUUAAGCAAAAACUAAAAUGUUGCUCUGGAAAUUACUCCUGUUUGUAUGAGGGAGGGUGUGUCUGCUUGGGGGACAAUGCAAAGAGCCUUCAGUCGGCACUGAACCAGCAUGAGCCCUGCAAUAAGGAACCUUACAGUGGGCAAAGAUGUAAGGAGCUGAGAUUGUUGCAGGGCACAUCACCUCUUCUUUGGAUUGGAAGCAAACUUGCACUUUGCCUUUUGAGGAUGUCCCACUAAGAACAUCAGAUUAAUUUUCUAAUGCCAUGGAUUUUUCUUUCUGGCAUAGCUUGGAAGGGGGAAAAAAAAGGCCCUACCUUAAACUAUAAGAUAAUUUUCUGCAAGAGGUUUUCAUUUCUAUCAGAAUAGUCUAUGCAUUUCUGUGUUGAAAACCGUUUUCUGCUGUUCCUUUUAUGAAAACGGGCACUGUGCAUCCCACUCUCUGUAAAUGCUCUGAGAAUAUCAAGUGUGUGAAUUUGGACGUUAAAUCCAAAGUCAAUUGAGACUGGCUUGUUGUAGGGGGGAGGGAGCGUUCUUUUUUUUUUUUUUUUUAAUUGUUUCCCUUAUGUCCCUUUUCAUUUUUUAUUAAGAAAUUAACUCCUUGCAUUUGUGCAAUAACUACUUGCCAUGAUAAUGGGCAGACCUUUGAAAUGCCCUGACUACUAACACAGCACAAGAUGAACUCAAACAGAAAGUGGUGUACUUUUUCCUGAGAACUUUUUUUUUUUUUUUAAAUAAUAAGCUCAGUUUUACCCCAGUGUAUUGUGGUGUCUUACAUUUUUAGCAGUAUUUUAUAUUUUUUUCUGUAACGCACUAAGUCUUAGAUGUUUUUAGAGCUUGUUUGUUAUAUUCACGAUCACAGAUUUAAAAAAAAAAAAUCCUCACAAAGACCCAAUUGACCAAAAAAGUGUCAUUUUUGUACAAGUAGCUUUGAGAAGCCCACGUUGUGUUGCUGUGACUCAUCUUUUGUAACAUUUUAUUUCUUGGUAUUUGUUUAAACAUAAAAGUAAAAGUUUAUAUGGCUGGCAGUAGUAGGGAAGUGCUCCCUCCGUCAGCAGGAUGGCAUUGUUUCUUCUGUCUUUGUUUGGUUAGCCAUAUAAUGUUUGUUCUCAGCACUGUACAACGGUCCCUAUAUGAUAUGGAGAAGCAAUAUCACUGUAUGAAACUCACACGAUGUAUUAUUAUUAUUAUUAUUCACUAGCACCCUAGGUGUGAUAAUUGAAGUAAAUAUCUUUUAUACAAACACAA